CACGAUUUGUACGAAGAAAAUGAUGACGUUAAACGCAUAUAAAUGGAGAAUGAAGAAUAAUUAUCUCGUAGAAGAAAAUAUAAUAUGUAUUUGAUAUAUUGAUGUAUCCAUUAGCUGACAAGUGAUAACCAUGAGUUUGAGUAGGCAAACAUCAUCGUCAGGCAAGCAAAGGCAGCAUGCAGCGGCUGCACCAGCUAACACAGCAGCAGCUCUUGCUGCAGCAGGAAGCAGUAACAAUCAGGACCUUGCUUCCCUGUUUGAGUGUCCAGUGUGUUUUGACUAUGCACUCCCACCUAUCAUGCAGUGCCAGAGUGGACACAUUGUCUGCCAGUCCUGUAGACAGAAGUUAAACCUCUGUCCAACAUGCAGAGGUCCCCUCGGAAAUAUAAGAAAUUUAGCUAUGGAGAAAGUAGCCAGCACUGUGAUGUUUCCAUGUAAAUAUUCUAAUAGUGGUUGUCCUGUCACAUUGUUACACACAGAUAAAACAGAUCAUGAAGAUAUAUGUGAACACAGACCUUACUGUUGUCCCUGUCCCGGUGCCUCAUGUAAAUGGCAAGGAUCUUUAGAAGCAGUAAUGAAUCACUUGAUGCAGCAACACAAAAGUAUAACAACUCUGCAAGGAGAAGAUAUAGUAUUUUUAGCAACAGAUAUAAAUUUACCAGGAGCUGUGGAUUGGGUGAUGAUGCAAUCCUGUUUUGGUCACAACUUUAUGUUAGUUUUAGAAAAACAAGAAAAAAUGGAAGGCCAGCAAAUGUUUUAUGCAAUAGUCCAGUUAAUAGGGACUCGCAAACAGGCAGAAAACUUUGCAUAUAGAUUAGAGUUGAAUGGCCACAGAAGAAGGCUUUCAUGGGAGGCAACUCCCCGUAGCAUCCAUGAUGGUGUUCAGUCAGCUAUAGCUGCAAGUGAUUGUUUAGUAUUUGAUACAAACAUUGCAAUUUUAUUUGCAGAUCAUGGAAAUCUUGGCAUAAAUGUUACCAUAUCUAUGUGUUAAAUGUUGUCUUAUGCACAGGGAAAAAAGAUCUACAGUACACACGACGUGCAUCAGUUAAACAUCACUUUAGGUGGCAUUGAAUGAAUUACUAUAAAACAUAGCCUGGUAUCCUUACCAAACCUCCUCUUUGCGCCAGUAGGGCCAGAUGUAAUAAAAUCCAGAUGACUGAAUUACUGCACACGUGCAUGUUCUAUAAACAAUGAAUACAUCGAUCGGAUCAUUUAUCAACUACCAAAAUAUUAUUGGGAUUAUAGUUACUAUAAUUUUCUGGAAUUUGCAUUUUUUAUGAAUUUAAAAAUAAUUUUCAAUAAAUUUAUGGCAAUAUAAAAAUCUUCCCGCCAUGUGUCAAGAAAUGAUGCUAUCCCACUGUACAUCUUUCUAACAUCCAAUAAACGAAUACAUGUUAUUGUAUUCUGCCUGGCUUUGUUGUCAAGCAGUGAGCCAGGAUCCCAGGCUACUAUAUAACAGUGAAUGCUGGAGAUUUAAAGGGGUAACACUCUGUUUUCAACCCUGGUUUUAAUAUAACCUAUGGAAUAUACAGAGAGAUAUUUCAGAGUGAAUCAACUACAAACACUAGCAUUCACUGUGAACAAUCACCAGGAACAUUUUCGGAUAGACCACCUUGUGUAUACUGUAUAUGUAUUCAUUUUAACUGGAAGUUUGUUGUGGAAUGAUGAGCCUUGAUUGUUUCAAAGUAAAAUUUAGUUAGGUCUAGUGCUUUUUAUAAGUGUAAAAAUGAAAAAAAUUCAAAACAAGUGGUGUCUAAUUUGGAUUUAUUAUUCAUAGAUAUUGUUUUGCAAUAAUAUUAAGUAUUGAAAUUUUCAUUAUGCUGUUGAUUUAAUGUUUAAAAAAAAAGGAUAUAAUAUUUUUAAAUAGUUUCAUAAUUUUGAAUAAGUAUCAUUUUGAAAAGAGUUAGAAUGAAUUUCAAUAUUCAUGUUUGUAACAAGUUUUGUAGAAGUCGGUGAACAAAAAUUAUGAGUACCAAAAUUUUUUACUUUAAAUGCAUCAAGAAAUAGCCUUUCAUAGCAGUUUCUGAAUCCUGAUACUCUACCUGGCUAGAAAUUAAAAAAAAUAAUUUAUUCUUGUAUUCAAUGGGCAUUUACACAAAAUAAAUUGAUAUAAGGCAAACAUAAGUAAGUGUCAGUACAUACAUGUAUUAUACAUUUGAUAUAUAUAUAUAGCAUUUUUUCCAUGAAUUUUUGCAUUGUCAAUUCAAUUAUAAAUUUAAAUUCAGGAAUUCAUGAGUGCAUUUAUCAUUGCCAUUCUUUAACCACUGGCAAUAAUGUGAAAUCUGAUUAGUGCGAUUGCAAACAUUUUAUGAAGGAAAAUCACUGCUUAAAUUAUGAAUGGGAGUUGAUUUUUAUUGCCAACCUACUAGUGUGGCAUUUUUCGCAUUAAUAAAAACAUCACAAUAAUUUCUCAAUUUACAGUAAUAUUGCAAUCAUUUCUAAAUUGACAGUAAAAUUGCAGUAAUUUCUAAAUUUACAGUAAAAUUGCAAUAAUUUUGGAAAUUACAGUAAAAUUGCAAUAAUUUCUGAAAUUACAGUAAUCAAUAAGUUAGUUCAUUGACAAAAAUAUGGAGGGUAAUUGAAUAGUAAGAACAUUCAAUUUGUUAAAUUUGUUACAAUAUUUUAAAAAUUCGAAUGUUGUUUCAUAAUCAAACUGAACAAAAUUCAUGGUUAAAUUGAACUAUUGUAAUAUCGUAUAUUUGUGAACAAUAAAGAAUGUUCCCUGUGCUGUUGUCUGAUUGAAAGUGAAGUGCUUUUUGUGUAUGAAUGACAAAACAUGUUAAAUUGCAUGAAUGGUUACCUGUAAUUGUUAAUUCAUAAUAUUUAUUGAAAAGAGUAUUUUGUAUUUGGAAGAUAUGAAGAUUCUUAAUAUUAGGUAUUUAUAUGUAAUUUUGAUAGCGCUAAGUGAUUAUGUGUUGUAACGAUGUGUUUUCCAUGUAUCAUAUAUUCAGUUACAAGUGUCUAAUAGUUUAUACUUUUCUUCUAAAUAUCAGACAUGCUAAAAGUUACUUGUAGAAAAAAUGUAUUGAAAUGACUUUAUAAAACAACCUAGAAAUCGUGAUUUUUGAGUAUGAGAAAAAGUGUUGUUUUGGUACAAAUUUGAUAGUUUGCUUAAUUAAGCCAUUGUAUAAGGAAAUUUUUUCCAUUUCUUAAAAAUUCAUCAAAGAUACCAGGCUAUAGAUUUAUAAAGAAGAUGUGUAUUUUAUCUACAUAAGACUCAUUAGUAUCUCUCAGUAUGAGCAUCAGUACUUAGUUAAACUUUUCCUGACCAGUCUGUCUUUUGUGGGUAUAGUACGUGGGUUUUUACCCUGGGAAUGAUUUCUGAAAAGGGGGAUGCGUAUUAUGUAUGGCUACACUGUUCUUGAGACUUUUUUUCAGGCUGAUUUCAAAUCAAGAAACCAAGUGGUCUGGAGGAAAAUAUUUUCGAAGCAUAAACAUUUUGAUCAAGGGGCUAAACCUUUCAAAAUAUGAAACAUUAAUAAAAGAAUUAUUGGAAUUUUCAGCUAAAUUUUAUACACCCAGUCUAAAAUUUAGUAGCCUGAGCUACUUGGGCCUACACUAUCCUAUUCCCUGACAAUUGUUAAUUUCUGUUUAUUCAUGAUCACGCGAAGGCCACAGGACAUUUGACCACCUUUCUCUUGAAAUAUAUUUAACUUCGUACUUUAUUUAGCCUUAACGUUUUUGAUUCAGGCGUCACUGAUAAGUCCAUAAGUAGAUGAAACUAGUGACGGACAAAGAAAAUUUUAAUCCUGGUAUCUAUGAUUAGUUUAUUCCCAAAGGCAUUUGAAAAUUUAAGUAAUCUUCAUAAAAAAAAGUCCUGAAGAACUGUAAGAUCUGAAGCUGAAUUACUACGAUUCAAAAUCCAGGUCUUAUCCAUUUCCGUGCAGUGGUAUAAAAAUUUUGGCUGAUAAGACGAGAUAUAAUUUAUUUAUGUUUAUUCAUUGAGCUAAAAUUGCUUGAUUUCAUCCCCACAUUACAAUUGUAAUGCUUAUAAACAAUCUAUACAAUAGUGUAUUGCCAAAAUAUUAGAGCAAAAAGAGCACUAUAGACUUUUACAUAGAAAUUAAAUGGAUUUGAUAUUUGAGUCCAUGCAAAUUGAUUACCUGAAUAUAAAGUGAAUGGACUGAUAUAGAUGUCUAAACAUACAUAGUGCUUAAUUACAAUCUGUAUCUGAUAUUGAUUAUUACUCUAGUUUAAUCUGAUUGGGUAUGGCACCUAAUUAAGGGCUUUCUAUUUAUCUUUACCUGUACUACAUGUACUACAUGUAUAAGAUAAGCACGACUUAUAAGGAAAAAAAUUGUGUGAUUCCAAUCAUACAGGACAGUUUUUAGAGAUGAAAUAGUAACUGACUGAUUAAUUUUUUUUUCAGCAUUUACCUUUAUAUAUUUGAAAGAAAAAAAUAUCUUACUCAGUAUUCGAACAAGAAAAUGUGUAAAUAUUGCUGUCAGUUCCAUAUAAAUGUUGUGUACAUUGAUUGAAAGACUUUUUUUCUAUGGAUUAGUUGAUUAAAAAAGAUCAAUCUACAAAAGUUCUUUCGAUAGAUGAAAGCUGUUGAAACCAUACCCAGUCUGGUCAAAUUUAUAAAGUAAUAGAUAUUAAAUGUAUGUGUAUGAGAUGUGCAGAUGAAUGAAUGUUGACAUUAUUCCCAUCAAAUACAUUAUAAACAUGAAAAAAUGAAUUUGUUAGUAUUUUAUAGAUAGUUCCAAAAAUAAUAAUUGUGUUAUUGUGUUAGAUUUUUAUGUGUGUUAUAUUUUGUUUUGUUUGCUCAUUAAUUUAAUUUCUUGCUAAGCAAGAACAUCAUGAAUUGUUUAUUUUGUGGGUAAAAUUCAUUAGUUUUCCUUCUUCCUGUUCUUCACUUAGUUUUAUAGCAAACGUUGAGUGUACUUAAGCUGUUUUGCAGAGAGAAUAACAAUUGUCAUCAAGAUUAUACGUUAAUGCUUUAGAAAAAUGAAAACAUUAGUAAUGUGAACAUAAGUCAGAGUAUAGAACAAAGUGAUGUUAAGAAAUUUAAAUUUCAGAAUUAUGAUUUUUUAAACUAAACACAGAAUGAAUCUCUUUAAGAUUACCUUUCCAUUCAUUAUUCAAUCCCCAAAAAAUGUAUUUUGGUUCAUUUUUAAACUAUGAAGGCAUGUAAGGAAUGCAAAAGAUAAGUUUUGUUGAGGGUUUAUAAUUUUCAUAAUUAUCCAUUUUUCUUAAACAUGCUUAUAAUUGAUAGAAUUUACAUUUCCUGUAGUUUAAAGUAAGAAAGCUGACAUUUGUUAUUUUAAAGUAACAAAGUAAUCAUACAAUCUCUCCCUUAUUUAAAUCUAGUUUCUUACAAGAAUAUUCAUACUUUUGGUGCAAAUUAAACUACAAAUAAACAUAGACAGUCUUCAUUUUCAUGAAAGUCUAUUUUAUAGGUGUUUUGUUUUUGUUAGUAGAACUUAAUCAGAAUUAUGAUAUAUUGGCGGGUAUUCAUUGUACUUCAUACACAUUUUCAUAAUGCUUUUUCCCAAAGUAACAAAUGUUCAUUGCAGAUGAUUUUUUACUCCUGUAGUGUCCAAUUCAAGAUAUUUAUAUUUUGCUAUUUGAUCUUACGACACUAUGUAAAUGCUUUGCAUACAAGGAUCUGACUUUGUUCAGUUCUACUUUCUGUUUGCAUCAAAAAUUUUAAAGGUGAUUAUAGGUUCAUCAUCUGAUGAGAAUCCUGGAAAGGGUCUUCAAAACAGAGAAAAGUAACAGUUUUGCCAAAUCCUUCUAAGUGAAGCAUGGACACCAUAUCUGGUAUUUUGGUCAGGUUAGAUGUAAAAAAGACUUAACAUAUUUACAAUUUACGUAGAUGUCAGCUUUCAAUUUGUCAUUGCUUGCAUUGUAAAUAUGUAGCACUUAGUCUCAUGCUUGAUAAAAAUUGCAAAGUAUGUAAAAAAAAACUCUUAAAAUUGAAUUUUCAAUUUAACUGUUUUGAUUUCAAAGCUUAAUUUAAAAAUGUGUAUUUAAGAAAGCAUAUGAAAAUAAAAGGUUAAUUGGUAAUGGUAGUAUGUUCAUAAUCUUUUAAAGAUUUUGUAACUACAUUCCAAAUUGCUUGUUGUAAAGUAUUGGCUUGGCAAACAAGUACUACCAUGAAGCUCCUCAAAAACUAUAGACACAUUUGAUAAAUGAUAAAAUUUGUUUCAAAGUUAUAUUAUUAAAACACAACUGUGCUUGCUAUAUAAGUAUAAAUCAAAUAUGUGUUUUCCAAUUUUGAUAAAUUCAUUUUUCAUUAUCAUUGACCAUUCGAGACCUUUAUAAAGAAAUAAAAAUAAAACAACUACUGUUAAAAUGUCUGAACCUAAUCCAUAUUGUGUUGAAACUGUUGAUGUCAAUUUGAAUUAUAGCGAGAAUUUAUUUUAAAAAAAAUAUAUUGUUUAUGAAAACGAAAUUAUUCAGAUAAAUUUAUAUCUAUGUAUGAAGACAAAGUGGCCUGAAAUAACAUUUCACGUAAGCAAUUAUGAAUUUUACAAAUAUUAUUUGCUCCAGACGAAAUUGACUAUUCACAAACAUGAGGAUCAGAUUCAAUUAUUUUGCAAUAGGAAAAAGAAAUUUUUGUAUUUUGUUAUCGAAAGUAAAACUGUUCAAAUAAAACCAUUCAGAUAUAUGUUGUUAUGUUACAUUGAGUACUUAGGUCAUCUAAUUGAGUUUGUACAUAUCAGUAUCUCGAAGGUUUUCUAAUUAAAAUCUAUGAAGACUUA